AUGUUUUCUGGUUUCCGACAAGGAAGGCAUCAGAGAAUUGGAUACAGAUAUGGAGCUCUCAGGUCCCACCCUACAAAAUGUAUCCACACGCGAGCGACGGAAUAUCUCCAGGCCAAGGAUCCGGACAUGACUGAGUCCCAACGAACGGUCCGAGAAGCAAUUGCGAAAAUAUGUUCCAAAUACCCCGACGAAUAUUGGGCCCGUAAGGACGAAACCCACGAGUUCCCCUUAGAUCUGCAUGGCGACCUCGCGAGAGAUGGCUGGCUGGGUAUCUGCAUGCCACAAGAAUACGGCGGCUCAGAACUUGGAAUUUCAGAAGCAGCGGUGAUGAUGCAGACUAUUUCCGAGUCUGGUGCAGGCAUGAAUGGAGCGUCAUCCGUACACAUGAAUAUCUUUGGCUUGGAGCCGGUUGUGAAGUUUGGAACGGAAGAGCAAAAGGAGAGAUGGCUGGUGCCAUUGAUCAAAGGAGAAGAAAGGGCAUGCUUUGGCGUAACAGAGCCAAAUACAGGUCUUGAUACCCUAAAAUUGCAAUCUUUUGCUAGACGGGACGGAGAUUACUAUAUCCUAAAGGGUUCAAAGAUUUGGAUAUCCACAGCCAAGAGCGCAGACAAAAUCCUUAUUCUCGUCCGAACGACACCCUUAGGCAAAGUUAACAAACCUUCACAUGGACUGUCCCUUUUCUAUACCGAUAUGGACCGCUCACAAGUUGAAGUGACCGAGAUUCCCAAGAUGGGCCGAGCAGCAGUAGACUCGAACAUGCUCUUCUUCGACGGUUGGAAGGUACCCGCCACAGACUUGUUAGGCAAAGAAGGGAAUGGCUUCAAGAUGGUCAUGCAAGGCAUGAACGCGGAGCGCAUCCUCCUUGGUGCAGAAGCAUUGGGGUUGGGAUAUGCGGCUCUCCGCCGGACAGCACAAUACGCAAAAGAUCGCGUCGUUUUCGGGAGGCCUAUUGGACAGAAUCAGGGAAUCCAGCACCCGCUUGCGGAUUCUUGGAUGAAGCUUGAGGCAGCUAGAUUAGUCGUCUAUCAAGCCGCUCGCAUGUACGAUGAGGGGUAUGCAACUGGGGAAUAUGCCAAUGCAGGGAAAUACCUCGCUGCUGAAGCUGCUUUUGAAGCGUGCGAGAGAGCUGUUCUUGCCCAUGGAGGUAUGGGAUAUGCGAAGGAAUAUCAUAUUGAAAGGUACUUCAGGGAAGCAAUGCUCCCUCGAAUUGCACCAGUAAGCAGGGAAAUGAUAUACAAUUACAUUGGCGAGAAAGUGCUUGGGUUACCGAGGAGUUACUAG